GUGAAAGCCAGCCUGAAGCAGGUGUUUGGGGUGAAGGACGCUUUAUUUGAGAGAGAGUUGUGCAAAAACAACAUGAUGAAGCGGUAAAGUGAAAAAUGUUCAAAGAGCUAGAAAAUCAGAACGUUGACAAGAUGAAUUUCUCACCUUUCGGAAGUCACUUUCCGGCUUCGAUCCCACCCAUCCACCAGUUCAGCACCAAGUUCACGCACGACUCGAGUGUAACGAAUGAGGCGGGGGGUGGCGGUGGCGGAGGGGGGGUAACUGUAGUGAACGGGGUUGCCUCGCAGACGAGCACCGGCAACGGACUCAACGACGAGGGGGUUGUGGGCUCCCCUCCCCCCGCCCGCUACCAAAACCACUACAACUCUCAAACAGGUAACAUGCCGCCGCAGGCGCAGGUGAAGUAUCAGCGAGACAGCAGCACACAGGUCUCUGGCAACAUGAUUGCUGUCUCGCCGCCACCCAAUGCACCCACAAAAUACGCCUCCAACGACAACGUCCACCACUACGCAACAAACAUACCAGAUGUCUACACUCAACAGCAACAGGCACAACAACUCAACCAUAACCAACAACAGCAGAAGAGACCGCCCUCCUACCAUAACGACAACAACAUUCACGGCCAGGAAAUGCAGGGAAACAACGUGAAGCAGGAGGAGAAAGAAGACGGACAAAAUGGGGAGUACUCGACCAUCAUCCAACAACAGCAGCCGCCCGGAAUGCCCCCCACCUGGCAGAGCAUCGCCACUCCGGGCUCCACUGUCGCCGACUAUCUGUCGCACCUUCCCGCCUCCACACUGCCCAUAUCUCUGCACCACUUCUUGAAGUACAGUGCAGAGUCCAUCAAGAAAGAUGCUGAAACAACGAUAGAUCAGCCGUUAUUGCAUCAACAACAACAGCCGCAGGAGCAGCAGCAGCAGCAGCAACAACAACAAGGUCCGCCGUCGCCGGCCAAGAAAAAGAAAAAGAAGAAAGUGCCGAAAGAGAAGAAACCUCGCCCGAAACCGGAAAUACGCCUGACAACUGCGUUGGAUGGUUCGACGCUGUACUGCUGUCCCGAGUGUCACAUGGCCUAUCCAGACAAGUCACUGCUCGAACAGCACCUGCUGGGCCACACCAUGGAGCGCCGCUUCUUCUGCGACAUCUGCGGCGCCGGCCUGAAGCGCAAGGACCACCUGACACGGCAUAAGCAGAGCCACAACCCGGACCGACCGUUCGUCUGCACCGUCUGCAUGAAGGCGUUCAAGCGCAAGGAACAGCUAACGCUGCACUUUGUGAUCCACUCGGGCGAGAAGCGCCACGUGUGUCCCGAGUGCGGCAAGGGCUUCUACCGCAAGGACCAUCUGCGCAAGCACACGCGCAGCCACAUAGCACGCCGCGUCAAGGCCGAGCUCAGUCAACAUGUGCCCGCCAACGCCAACGCAAACGCCAACCAGUCAGCCGGCGACAACCAGCCCAUGUCCUCCUGAGGGUCGGCCUCGGGGGCUGGCUACACCCCCGACAUGAUGGCUUUCGUAUCCGCCGCCCGCGACGCCUUUUAAUCACCACCAUUCUAGUGCAACGUUUUCUUCAUGCUAGAUUCAUCCACUCCGAAUAAGAUUCGAAAUUAUCUCUAACUAUUACUAAUUUGUUGAGGAAAAACGAAAAGUUGAUUGCAGUUGUUACACAAUUGUUAGUAGAAUGAAUCAUUCAUAAAUAUUUCAAUGAGAAGACUUUGAAUGACUUUCAGACUUUGAUUGAGAAGAGGUAUUACAAUAUUAUUCAUUUGAUGAAAUAAAAAAACUCUUUCUUUAAACCAUUAUCAAUUUUCAGUAAUUUCCGCUUUCGAAAGAUUAGAAAGAAUUCGUUGAAAUGUAGGUUAUUUAUAAAUACAUUUCGAGGGUUUAACUCUUUGAAAUAUUUAUUUCAUUGAACUUACAGUUAUAAAUUAUUUGUCCAAUGAAGAAACAACUCUAUACCUGUAAGUUGAUUGUAAUCAAUAUUAUAAAGAUUUGAAACUACAAUUCAUAAUAGUAUAAUGACCGUAACAAGAUUUUCUUUGGUCUAUCCAAUUAGUGGUUGUGACAAAUUCAGGUAUUUUUUUAACAUGAAUGAUAUUGAAAUACCAACUACAAAUUAAUGUAGUCUUGUUGUUCAUUGGUCUCUCUACAUUGGAUUACUCUACAAUCUACUGUACAUAAUAAUAAAACGAUGGGUUUGCUGUAACAAUAGUCUACCCUCCUCCCAGCAAGAAUCCAUAGCUAAUAAAUUAAUUACGAAUAUUCGAAGGUUUCACAGAUGUGAGCUCGUAUCAACUAAAUUACUCUUUAUAAUUUCACAUAAUAUUCACUAUCAGCAAAUAUAAUUUGUCUUGAUAAUUAAUGCUUCGGCAGCUAUUUUCUACCUAUGGAAAAUAUAGGUAACAGUGUUUCAAGUGUUUUUCCAAAAUUGUUUCAGAUGGCUUUAAUGCUUGAAAAGCAUUUUUGUUAAUUUUUGAUCCGCAUACAAGAAAAUUGCUUGCAAUGAAAUCGAACAAGUAUUGAAGCGAUGAAUUCAUAUUGUGCUUGCUCAGUCGCAAUGAAAAACAGUAAUAUGCAACAAUAAAGACUUGCUUCUUGUUUAUUCUAUCUCGGUUUUAGGAUAGUUAGACAAUAUAGUAAGGUAAAGAAAGACAGUGACAAACUUGAAUCUAUGCUAGUUUAGUUGCAAAUAUCGAUCAAAAUGUGAUUGGUUCGGAUGUAUAACGGGAGACGCGCUUUUUAAAAACUACCUGUGUGUAUGAUGUUUAUGCGUAGGCAAUGAAAUGAAUUGUUAGUAAGGAAUGCUUCUUAUUUUAAACAAUGGUUAUCAAAAUCAAGAAAUCAUGGUGUUCAACUAAAAAAUUAGUAAGAAAUAUUAAACAAAAUAUAGGUGAAUUAUAAUACAAAGCUGAUAAUUCUUAACAUUGUAAUUCAUCUAAACAAAAUACUUGGAUGAAAAUCCUUUUAAGCUAUAGCAUUUAUUUUUAUCAAUCCGGUAUUAUCAUGAAAAUGAACAAUAUAACAAACAUUUAAAAAAAUGUAUUUAUCUAUCUUAACAUUUGUGAUUUUUUUAUUCAUUUUUCUUUUUUUUGUAAGUUUUUAUUUAUUUUUUUUUUAAUUUGCUCAUGUAACAUGGUAAUAUGAAGAGAGCCUGUUAAAUUCCCUUCUCAACAUUUUUUUAACUUUCAUGAGACUCAUUGCUCAAACAUUAAUGUUUAUGAAAUGAAGGAACUAUUUUUUUUAAGAUUCUAUUGUUUUCCGCUUUAGUUUUUGGAAAUGUAUGGAACACUGUUGGUUAAUUGUCCGAGGAGUUGAUGUAUUUUGAUACGUGUUGCUAGUUUAUCUUGUAAAUUAAGAAUUGAAAGAAUUGUAGUAUAUUUGUAAAUAUAUUGAUCAGCCAAUAGACUUAAAUUAGGUGAUACCAUUAUACAAAGAGUUUUUAUAAAAAUCACAAAUUCGUCUAGUCUAUGAUACAAUAUAAUCAGUACUGCAGUUGGAUGCUUUAAAUUUAUAAUAGAAUGUAAUUUAUGACUGAGUAAAAUUGUAGAAUUAUUUCAUUCAGUUUAAAACAACUGUAAAUAACAAAAAUUUUGAGCACUAGUACGUACUAGAUAGUAUGUUUGAGGUAUUAUCAGCUUUGAAUAGUAUUAUUAGCAAUUGUUUGCUAUUUUGUAACUGUUGGAGAAUUUCAUUAGUAUAUUAUAAUAGCAUACUUGCCAGUAGAUGAUAUAUUAUAGAUAGUAGAUUAACUCGUUACUCAGGUUGCCUUAGAGCCUCUUAAUAAUUAGGAUAUUAUGACCGAACAAUAAUAAUUAUUUACAUGUCACAAACAGCUUUGAUAGAGAUAUUCAGCUUUCAGCAGAAGAAAAAUGAUAGGUAUAAACAUUAAAAAAUGUGAAAGUUCCAAGUAUUAUGAUGAAUUGAUUGCAUAUUAGCUGGAGUAGAAAUGUAAAAAUGUACGAUACUGUACUGUACAUUCUUUUGUACAUGUACUUACACACGCUUAAAAAUGAGCUACUUCAGCAAAUUUUCAAAUGGCUGUGAUCGAUUAUCCAUGGAUUUUUAACUGUGUAACUUACAUGAUUCAUAAAAAUGCCGAUUUCAGAAUGAAAUGUUUUGAUAUGUCUUGAGAUUCUUUAAUCCUAAAGUUGAUUUUUUCAUCUUACUUCUUAUCAACUCUCUAGUCUUCCUUCGGGCGUCUGUCUCGCAAAUUUAAAGAAUUCAUUCUAUAUCUAAUUCCAUCUUCAUAUAAGUUACGGAAUUUGAAAAAUAGCCGGCAUAUGGACGCAUAUUUGUUAUUUUCUAUGACAUAACAUUUCUAACACAAAUUAUAUAAUUGUAUUAUGAUAACUGCCAAUAGAUUCUAUCAACAAAUCCAAUUUAUAGUAUUGGACUAGUUUGUGGAUUAUCUAUUAUUCAUCAUUUAUUCAAUCAUUUGCAAUGUGACACAACUUGAAGUUUAUUGAAGGGAAUGAUGAGAGAACUGUCACCUCUCCAAUUGGAGAACUGGAAACUAGUCACUAUUCCAAGUGAAUAAAUAAAUUAAAAUUUUCUAUGAUUCCCAGUAUGUUCUGUUCCUGGUGCAAAAAUAAAUUCGUGAAACUCACGCCUGAUUUGUGAAUAGAAUAAUAAUACAUAAUACCAGAAUUCAAUUUGCAUUUAAAGGUUUUAUUUUUCUCCAGUACCAUUUAUAAUUCUCCAUCAAUUUAGGCACAUCAAUAGUACAGGUACUGAAUUUUGAAUGCUUAACUGCAUGAUGUAAGUUAUCUUCAGUUUAAUGAUCAAUUAAGUAUUCUUAAUAGAAUUAUCCAAAUAUAUAAAUAGAUCAGACAAUAUAAUCCAAUUCAUUCAGCUUUAAAUUAUUAUAAUAAUUUCAGUUCCUUAAAUUUAUUAUUGUUACCGUACUUAUAUUGAAUAAGCUAGUAGUUGUGUGGAUUCUCCAUAUGAAAUAUGUACGUUUUACUGUCGAUUAUCUUAUUUUAAUUGUCAUUAUUUAAUUCACUACCUGUAGCCCAAUUCAUUUGAAAUUAUUGAAAAAUUAUAGUAAGUUAUACUGCAUUAUAUGUAUACCGUAAACCAAAUCCUUUCUCCAUUAGCUUUCUUGCAAAUGCAAACUAUACACCCCAAAUGGAAAAACCUCAAUUAUUUAUUUAAUUUCUUAUUCAUAAAUACUCGAGAUUGGAUAAAAUACUCAUUUUCUGUUCUAGAUUUACUUCAAAUCCAUGGGAAAUGAGUUUCGUUCUAGAAAUAGAUGCUUCAGAAACACUAUAGUUCUUUUCCAGAUAUCAGAUUUGGAUUCACUUCACAAAGUAUUGUUUAAAAGAAGCUAAUUGUACGUCAUGAAGCUAAUUGAAAUAAUUUCUUCCUUCAUGUGAAACAUACAAGCUUCAAAUCCUUAUCAUCGCCAAUUUAGAUGCUCCCUGUAUUGCAAUUUUUAUAUUUUUCCAAUGAAAAAUACACAUAUAUUUCAUCAAGUGCAAUUUUCUCAACUGUUUCCAUUACAGUCACAAAUAAUUGAAUGAAAUUAAGAGUUAAUUUACUUAUUGAUAGGUAGCUUAUGGAUAUAUUUUUGUAGUGUUGUCUUUUAGAUUUCAGUGUGUUGUGUUAUUGUUUGAUUGUGUGUUGUAAAAGUUAUGAUUAUUAAUAAAAAGUGAUCUAGCUCAUAGACUAGCAUAAUUAUUGGGGGUAGAAAACAUGAACUUAUAAAGUGAAUUGAAAAACAAUCAAUUUGUAAAUUAGUGGGAACCAUAUUCUUGGUUUUCUUCCAUAAAAAUGUAAAAUACAUUGUGUAAAUAGCCUGAAUUACAACAAAUACUAUUGGUCAAUAAUAGAAUUUUAAUAUUUAUCACAGAAAAUUGUAUCUGUUAGAGUACAUUUGUUGCGACGCAAUUUUCCAAAUUUAUUUUUAUUAGAGUGCUCAAAAAUUAGAAUUAUAGUUUUUAUGACUGUUAUUUUGAUCUCAUCUUGUGCUCUCUGAAUAGUUAUCUCCUGCCAAUGUCCCCUUUUAAUUAAUACAUUGGCUCAAUUACCAUAUAGAUUAAUCACAUUAUUUUUCUUUGAGAUCUCGAUUAUCGGAUUUUCAGGAAUUAUAUGUUAAUAUUAGCAGAUUAUUAUCGAUCACCAUUGACAGCACAGUCUGUCUCAAUUCAAUAUUUUCAAAAACAAGAUAAAAACCAUGAUUAAAUCAAGAACACUUGCUUCCAUUUUCUUAAUCUAAACUUUCCAUAUUCAUCUUCCAAUCUUCUGCUUCCUUCAUGCUUUCGAAAUGAAUAUUAAUUAUUCCCUCCACUCACUAUAAAACUCAAUGUGUUUCAACUUUACUUCCAAUCUCAUUUUUCGAUGCCCUUAUUUUAUUUUUUUGUAAAAAUCAUUUACCAAUAAUUAAGCAUUUAUUUGUCAUUGAAAUUUUUCUGAUAAACUUUCACUUGAUUCUUAUCCAUUCAUUCCGACAUUUAUUGAAUAUUUCAGUUAUUUUGAAUGUAUAUACCGUACUGAAUCUUCAGAAGAGACACUGUACAAAAUGUUGAAAAGUGAUGAAUCAAUAUUUAUUGUAAUAAAUUGACACAUGUACUGUUGAAAAAUGAUAAUACUUCCCUGCUUUGAGGCAGGCGCCUACUGUGAAUCAAUCAAUCAUUUUGUAGAUUAUACAAUAUACAGAUAAAUUAUAUAGAGUUGAAUAAAUAGUUGAUAAAAUAUAUAAGAGAAUAAAUAACUAUUAUACAUGCAUAUUUAUAUAAAAUAUAUUAUACACACGCAAAACACAAGAAUAUGAGUAUUUGUAGAUUAUAUUAUAGGCUAUUAUUAAUUAUUAUUAUAAUAGAAUUUAGAUUUAUUCAUACACAACCAAAAUAGAAUUAUUUCGUACAAUACGACCAUCAGUACAAACUAAGAGCAUACCAAAAUGUAUUUUAUUACUUGAAAAAUGUAUUGUACUCUAAGAACAUCCGGAUAAUAUAUUAUGCAUUAAAAAAAAUCAUACUUUACAAAUCGUUUUAGAAACUUUAGAUCUAAUUAAUUUGAUUGAUUUAUUAAUUCAGGUACUAUAUUUUAAUUAUUGAAUAGUUGAAAUUAAACAAAGUCAGUAGACAAUUUAUUAUGGAAAAUUAAUGAAGAAUUUUAUGUUACUUUAACCCUUUAUUAUUUUAUAGAAAAUUUAUUUGUUUAUCUAGCCUCUCAAGUUAUUUUUUCGGCUUUAAUCGCUUUACAGUGAUAUGCCAUAAUCUAAAAAAUUGAAUUAAUUUAUUUUCGGGAGUGAUGGAAAUUUUCAUAUAUAACUUACAUUGUGUAUAAUACGAGAAAAGUGAAAAAUUACUCUCAAACUAUUGUUUCAUUGACUAUAUUGAUUUAUUGAAGAGCAGCAUUGAACGAAAACAGAAAACAUAAAUCAUAGUUCUUGAAGAAACCCAUUAAAGAAAUAAAUUUUAAUUUAUUUUGUUGAAAUUUAAUUGCAUGGAUUUGUUUUUUUUUAGAAUAAUUUUGGAGACAAGUAAAAUCGAUUUAUUCAGUGGUUGUUUUUUAUCAUUUUUUAUUAUUCAAUUAUGGUAUUUUUCCCCACAUUAUAAUAUUAUCUAUAAUAGAUAGGCUAGUUCUAUUAUUUUCCAAUAUAUGCUUACCAAUUUGAUUUUUUAACAUUGGCUUACCAAUUUUUUUUAACAAAUAUAAAAAAACUAUAAAAACUAUAUUAUAGUGUCUGUUUGUCGUAAAUUUACAACCGUCGAUAAAAAUAUCAGAACCAAUCAGAGAAGGCGUUUUUGAAAAGACUGUUUCUCUGAUUGGUUCUCGUGGAAAUAAUCACGGUUAGAAUUUAACCGGCUUUAUUACUGAUUUCAAAAUCAUUAAUUAGUAAAUUUUAGUUUAAAUAAAUUACGUAUGCUUGCUCUGUAGUACGGCAUUGAAUUUCGUCAAUAAAAUUGUAUUUCUUUAAUGAUAUAGGUAUCGUUUUACUCUCCUUACCCUAUUACCAUAGGUAAGGAAUAUUGUAUUAUAUAAGAAUAUUGGAAUAUAAGUAUUGCUUUCCGAAAAAAAUAAGGUUCCCCAAUUUCUAAAUUUCUAUACGUUUCAAGGUCCCCUGAGUCCAAAAAGUGUUUUUUUGUUUUUGUGUCAGAAUUGAUAAAACCUUGUAAACGAUUUGUGUCUUUGUUGGAGUGGUUUGUUUGUUUUAGGUACUGUUGUAAAAAAUUGUUGUUCAAUAUAUUGUUGAGAGUAUUUUUUUGUGUGUACCGGUACUUCAUUGUCUUUUGUGAUUGUAUUGAAAAUAAUCAUAGCUAUGUAUUUUCAGGUUUCUGAAAAUAUUAACUAUUAAAUUUUGAAGCUACUGAUUCAGUUCAUAUUUACAGUAUUUUGAUUAUGAAACCAAAGAUUAUCCAACUAAAAGAGACUACAAUUAUCUAUAAGAAUUGACUAUGUCUACCAUUAUUUUUCAAAGAUUUUGAACCAUUAUUUUUAGCUUUAUUGAUUUGAUAUGAUAGCAGUGUAUAAUUUAUUAAGAUUAGAUAAAAUAAUCAUAUAAAAGUACUAAAUUGAAAGAUUGAACUCUUCAUUUUUACAUAGAUCUGACCUUAGUACAUCCCAGUUAGGUACUGUGAAUAUCCUGAUGAUUAAGCACUAAACAAUAUAUUAUUAAAAAGAACGUGAGUUUUUGCAGUGAUAAUUAAGAAUGUCACUAUUGUAAAAUAUGCCUGUAAUAUAAUAAAAAUUGUUGUGCUUGA